UAACUUCUUCUCGUCGUAACUUUCGUACGUCUGUUUACAGAUGAUUGCUUCGAUGUUUGUUGAUUCCAACGUCCCGCCAAUUCACCUAUCUGCUUAAUUGCUCUUUUAUGUUCUAUUAUUAUUUUUAAAACUGUUGUGCUCAUUGGUUAUCCACUCUCCUGAUUUCGACAACAUACCCGCCUGUUCCGUUACUACGUGCCACAGUAGACGAGAUAAGCCAGCUACCUAUAUUUCGAUUCGCUACCAUGAAUGAAGGGUCUUAUAACAAUGUUAUUCGGAGUAGCAGCCCUUUCUCCCCUGCGACACCCAACCCUGGCGCCUACAAGGCGAAUGUAAAUCGAACAAAGACUAGAAAAUGGGUUGAGGCGAAGGUUCAAAACUACGAUGGCGACGAUUGGGGAAACGAGUAUGAGGACGAAUACGAUGAGUUCAAUGAAUCCAACCAAGAGCCUCAGCCAUCAGCAGCGACAUUACGCCCACCGCAGCCAAGGACAUUCUCUCAACCUCAGUCCACCGCCGAUCCUUCAGCGGCUUCUGGUCUGACAGGAACAAGAAAUGCACAAGACGUCCCGCCAUCUUUACACGUACAAACUAGUGUCAAUCCAAGGACUCGCCCGUUUGAAACCGUCUCGUCUGCGCAGAGUUCUUCUGGUUCAGCACGCUUCCCCCUCCGCCAGAGUAGUAAAACCGCAGAUGAUAAUCUCACCCCCAGUGCACUUAGAUCAGGCACUCGAGCAGAGUUGGGUUCAGCUGCCCCGCCAUGGUUAGUCCAAAGAGAAAACUCGGCAGGUAGUUCUACAAGCACGUCGCAAUUGGUUAGGCCGUCGGAUAUAUAUCGUCGAGUAGGAGAAGAUCGGGAGAAAGAACGAAUCUCUAUGGAGUCCAGUAGGCCUAGCAUGGACAGCGCCCAGGGACGAAAUAGCCGAUCAUCUUCGCCAUCAAAAGUCUCGCGCCUCGUAGCCGAACACAACCAGGGGAAUGGUUUUGGGAGCCAUACUAAUCCAGAUACAUCGCUCAGUACGAAACAGAGCCUAGCUCCAGUUGAAGAGCGGGUUACCGCAAAUGCUGAAACCGGAGCUCUCAAUGACGAGACCAAGUCGUUCGAAGGGCUUGUGAAUCCACCGCGACUAUCUACUAGUCCAAAGUUGCCUGAUCUUACACGUUUGUCCGGCUUUGGCGAUGACUUAUUCUCAUCUUCCGGAAAACACAUUUCUUUGCAUCGUCGCUCGGUAGCUCAAAAUUCGGACAGCCAGAACACCAAUUCCACUGAUACCAGACCUGACCUAUCAGCGAGAUCAGAGGACAAGCAGGGUGACCACGUAGGACGUUCCGAAAGGAACCAUCCUUCUAGCGUAUUAGAAGGUCCAAAACUAGAACCCAAUCCCGACAUUAUCAUGCCUUCAUUAGAAGCUAAGCCAGAACCGCAAAAAGAAAACUACGCGACUUCGUCUCAAUACUUUACGCAGAGCAGACCUCAGCUUCCGGGAACCUGGGUGUCGGAAACUGUCACCCCUGGCCCCGAACGCCUAACACCUGCAGAGAAGGAAGAAGGGCCCAAGUCUACCCCCUUGGGCAGCAUUGCGAACAGAGAUGGGGCACCAAUAAGUAGUAGACACGCGGAGCCUGCUGAUCUUGAACCAACCACGACUGUCCGACAGCUGCCAUCAGCGAACGACGAUUCGAAAGCAACUGCAAAAACUAUUGCUGUGGGUGGGGUUGGAGAAGACGGUUUUAAUAACCCCACCGGAAAACAUGACGACGAGGUUGCAUCUAAAGUAAUUGCUGCCGGGCCUGGACUUCACCCAACACCCCAAUCUCUCCCGCCUCUGAAGACGGAGCGUUCCGUUAAUCCGUCCCAUCCAGCACAGAACGUUGAACAGGAAGCGCCUAUUUCAAGUACCAUGCUACUCUCACCUUCAACCUACAAAAAGCCACCGCCCCACUCGCUAUCUGCUCACGGGAGUGCAGCACCUGCUGGACCCGAGUUUACUCUUACGGCGCCGCUGAACCCUCGUCGCUCUAUCGCUGCCCCGCCCGAUCUUGUAACGUCUGGUAUAGAGGAGCGGAUAUUCACGACGAGUGCCGGUGAUAGUGCGUCUCCAGAGAAGGAGAGCGACAAACUAAGUGAGGAGAUAAUCAAGUCUUUAAGUAGUUCAACAACUUCACCUGAUGCAGGUGCCGUCCUAGGGUCCUCUCCUAGCGAUGCUGAGCCGGCCCCCGGCAGGUUAACACGAGAGAGUACUUAUCUAUCUGGUGUGUAUGAUGAUUACUUGGCAAUGGUAGAUGAUAAAUCUCUUCAAGAAACGGGGCAAGUUCUGAGGCAGGGAUCGAGGCCAUCGUAUUAUGGUCCUGAUGACACAGAGGCUGCCCAUGGCUCAGACCUACAGAAAGAAAAUGUCUUUCCAGACAUUGCUCCAUUGAGCUCGCGCCGAAGCCCAGUACAGGAGCCGACGAAACGAGAAAGACGAUUCUCUUGGGAGGAUAGCCGUGAGAAAGCUGGUAACGGUUCAUCGGAGUCCAAACCACCUUCAUCAGCACUUUCCUAUGGCUCAAACUCGGCGCCUCAGGUAGAAACUAGCCUGGCUCCAGCUACAGAGACAGAAAAGUCUAUUUCUUCAGCGUUGCUCCAAGCCCCGUCGGACGAAACAAUCAAAUCACCUCAGACAGAUGGCCAGGCUCCUAUAGAUUCUUCAUUGACGCUCCUCGAACCUUCUCCCAUUAUACGGACGGCCACUGAGCCAGCUAUCGACAAACAAUCAGCAUCGCCCGAACCUCACCGUCUAUCACUUGCCGACGAGAAAGAGCAAAUACUAGAACAAUCUGUAUCAGACACACCAUCGGCAGACCAACAUCCCGCUUUAGCUAGCACGCUACAGUCAACGCCUGAUCCAUCUACUACUGCUCAGACAGUACCAUCUUCUCAAUCGAUGCAACAGAUCAAGCCCAUGGCUUUUAGAGACAUCCUUAACAUUGUCUCUACUGAACAUAGGAUCCAAAAAUUUGAUGAAACUCGCUCUCAGUUUUAUGCCAUGGAAUCGGGGUUGUCAGCCUGGAUUGCAUACAUGCAGAGCCUGCCUGAGCAUGCAACAGGAGGAAAAGCUGGCGGUGUACUAGCCCAAGGGCAGAUGUCGCCAUCCAGUAUGACACCAAAUCAGGCUCAACAGCCAUAUUAUCAACAAUACUUGGCCGCCAGCCAUCCAGGUGCGCCUAUGCCACAGCUUGGAAGGUCAAAUACUGGCAGUCUACAGCAAACCCCCACAGGACAGCCUGCAAGUAGCUUUGGCAAUAACAAUCAAGUUGGAGCAAAGAGUAAAGAGUUUCUACACGCGGCGGGAGCUUUUGGCAACAAGGGCAUGAAGUCCGGCAUGAAACUCUUUGCCAAGGGAAAGAACAAGCUUCGCGGGACAGGAGAUAAAGUGUUUUUCUAACCUGUCCUAUUCUCCUAUUUUGUCUUUGGGUUUCAUUUGUUUAUUAGGCAGGUGGCGGGACGGUAUGAGACGGUGGCAAUACAUUAUUUCAGGUCAACCCCGUUGCUGUUCUUUGAGGUUAUUUCUUGAUUCUGGGAUGAAGGGUUUGUCAAACAGUCA